GGUAAUACCGACAUCGAGCCAGGCGCUCAUACUUAAGAAAGGCGUACUGACGGAGGAUGAAGUGCGACCGACGUCGUCGGGACAUUGGCCGGGAUCUCAGUGCUCUGUGCCGACAGGUGUGAGAUCAGGUCCCCAGUACGCGUUCCGUACCCCGGCCCACUGCAGCAUCGUGACCGUCUACAACUUUGGGCAGGGGCUUGUGGGCGGGGGAGAGACAUGCCGGACCCGGACGCUAUGCACGUCUUUGGGCGCGAGUCUGCGCAGCUCUUCAAGCAUCAACCGCUACCGAGGGGUUACACCAGCAUCCUCGCAUUCGACCCAGACUCGAAAUCUUAUCAGUACCCUUUUGCUGGACCCGGACUGCGUGCAUGACGCCACCAGCCACCAUGCGCCGCGAUCCCGGAGAGAGAGCCCACAGAAACCGGACGCACAUAGCGGGACCGCGGAACGGGGCGCUGUUGAUCAGAGAUUGACGCGGCAACGCCGGAUGAUCAAGCUUGCCCGGACGCGAAUGUAAUGCGCAGUGACAACAUCGACCGGAUCGCCCCCAGUCUGCACAUGCGCAGUGACAACAUCGACCGGAUCGCCCCAAGUCUGCACAUGCGCAGUGACAACAUCGACCGGAUCGCAACAAGUCUACACACGCGCAGUGACACAGCGACCGGAUCGCCACAAGUCUGCACAUGCGCAGUGACAACAUCGACCGGAUCGCCCCAAGUCUGCACAUGCGCAGUGACAACAUCGACCGGAUCGCACCAAGUCUGCACACGCGCAGUGACAACAUCGACCGGAUCGCCCAAAGUCUGCACAUGUGCAGUGACAACAUUGACCGGAUCGCCCCUAGUCUGCACAUGCGCAGUGACACAAACACCACCCAGUCGGCCGAACGCCGCAGUUUUCAGUUUCCGGAACAACGAAAACGUGUCCCACUCGGAGGUGCAGUACCUAAUACAGACUCAACUCGACGUUCCUGUACGAAGUAUCCAGUUCGAUCCCCUCGAUAUCCGGUCGGCGCGACACGGGGUCAACUCCCGCUGGGUCGUCGAAUUUUGUACUAUAGCGGAUAUGGCAAAAGCUAUACAGCCGGAACUUCAAGUGGGCACGGACCGGCUGGUGUUCUACCCGCAUGAUGACGUCACUACACGCGAAAUCGCUGCCUAUAGAAACUACAUGGAGGUUGUUAACGCUCAUGCAGUGAUAGCGGCGUCGGCUGAUAACGCAGUGCGCGGGAAACUUAAAAACGCAGUUUCCAGCGGUCGACGUCACUCACGACCUUAAAGAUACUAUGAAGAUAUGAGCUAAUUUGAAUUGACUUUGAAAUCAUGUCAUUAUGCUAAUUUGUGUCGUUUGGUAUAUGUACCAUAGCGUGUACCAAUAAUGACGCGAUUUUUUGAGUCAGGUUAAGAUUCAAGAGGGAUAAUUUCAUUACCGUCAUUUUAAUUCAACCAUCCACAUACAUUAAGGUACAUAUACGCUUCCUUUUUUUAGUUUCAGUUUUUGUUUGUUUUAAAUACUGUGAAUAUAAUACAUGUAUUGAUAAUAAUAA